AGUGGGGGAAGGGAAGAAGGAAAGAGGGAGAAGAAAAAAGGAAGCAGACUCGAUGAGGGAGGUAGGGAAAAUAAAGCUGGCAGAACAAUAAGGCAGAGCUUGAAGAAGUGUAGAGAGCACGCGAGCGAGAGAGAGGGGACAGUUUGGAAAAGACAGGCGCAGUCACAUCCUGUUGGCAUUCAGAAGAUAAAAAGGAGGAAUGAGGGAGGUGACUGUGCGGCUAUGAAGAUGAAAACUUUCUGUGUGCAUGGUUAUUGUUUUAUAUUGUGCAGCUCUUGUGCAGUCUGUGAGUACGUGUGUGUGUGUGUGUGCUUGUUUGCCAGCUUUUCAUAGUGGGCGAAUGUGUCAUGUUUUUAUUGCACUUUGCCAGAGAUUAACUGUUCACCUUUUACGGCUGGGAGGGAGGUGGUAUUGUCAUUCAGCCAGAGGAGGAGGAGGAGGAGGAGGAGGGGUCCAUGGAAGAGGGAGUUAGGGAGGGAGGUACAGAAGGAAAAGGAGUGGCCUUCUGGAGAUAGUCGUCUUUUCUACAGGAGGAAAGUCUUCUGAGUGAAAACACAGAGGAACUAUCUGGGAGUCCUGAUACAGAACAAGAAAGAGGUGACUUUACAUUUUCCAUCAGGAGUGUUUUAUUACAACAUGACAUCAACGGCUUCACCAAAGAAGAUGGUGUCUUCUGUCUUCAUCACACUGUCUUCUCCGCAUCGAGCUACUGUGACCCAACCACAGCAGCAGCAGAACUCGGGCCAAACUCACAGCGUCGCUGCUAGAGACAAGCAGUGUGCUGUCACGAGAGGUGACCCAAGUAAACCUGCCUUUAGACAUAAAAAACAGGAGCAGUUGCCAUCUGAGCCUAACACCAGCACAGACAGCACAGCGAGACCUCAUCCAGGAGCUUCAGUCCAAAUAUCACAACCUCAAACUUGGAAACCUACCAACUCUGGGCUCACCAAAGCAGAGGUGCAAGAGGAGACAAGCAAACUUGCUCCUGCAGUAAUAGAGCACUUUCCUCUUCCUCCUCCACCACCUCCUGCUACACUGGAAACAACUCAGUCUGAAGAUGCAACACUUCCACCACCUCCUCCUGAGCUCCUGUCUCAGCGUCAGUCCCCAUGGUCACAGCCAUUACAAAACAUAGAGGAAGAAAGAAACACACCAUCCAGUGGGUUAAAUCAAGAUGAACAAUCACACAGAAGCCACAAAAAUAGCCAAGACACCAACGAGGACAGUAAAGAUGUGUGUGGCUUCUGUCGGAAGACUGUGGCUCUGAGUGAACCGGCCAUAGAAGCCCUGAACAGGACUUACCACGACAGCUGCUUCCAGUGCAGAUCCUGUCACGUUCCACUGGCUGGAAAACUGUACUACAACAAGGCCGGAAUCCCACUGUGUGAGGAUUGCUACCAGGCUACUCUAGAACUUUGCUGGACAUGUGGAGAGGUUAUCAAAGAUCGUGUGAUCCAUGCACUGGAGCGAGCAUACCAUCCUUCGUGUUUCACCUGCACAACAUGCAGUCGGGAAAUUGGAGGGCAAAGAUUUGCACAGGGAGAAGUUGGAGAAGUGUAUUGCCUUCAGGACUACUACAGGAAAUAUGCUCCAAAGUGCAGUGCUUGUAAUCAGCUAAUUAUUCCCAAAGAUGAUGGCACUGACAGCUACACUCUUGAAUGCCUGGGAUCCUCCUACCAUGAAGACUGCUAUAGAUGUCAGGUUUGUGCCAUCAAGCUCUCACCAGAACCAACUGAACAUGGCUGCUAUCCCCUGGACGGGAAGAUGCUUUGCAAAUCUUGCCAUCUGAGCCUGGUUUCUGGUCAGCACUGAUGCCGCGACUCACAAUCAUCAGAAAAACACCAGUAGGAGUUAAGGAGAUAUGGGAAUGCCAUUUAGGAAGUGGAAAUACAAGUGCUACAAACCUUCAUUUCCAAUAAAACAACAUACAGUUUGUCUUACAAUACUUUUUCUGAAGAGCUUCUUAGUCAUCUUCUAUACUUGAUUAUUUUGCACUCCAAUUCCAUCAAAUAUAUUUAUGCAACUGUUUUUGCCAAGCGACACUGCAUGCAUUAUUUCACAUUUCUGCACUGUUUUGUAAAUCUUAAACACUUUGUCUCAGUCAUAACCAUUUAAUAUAACAUACCUUUAGCUAUAAAAA